UGUACAAGUCAUAUACAACUCGGUUGUAUUUCCAUGUGAGGUUGUUGAAAAGGCAAAAUCAUUCCAGGUGAAGCUCAAAAAGCAGCAGGAAAGUCUGCUUGCUAGACAGUGGGUGGCUGUGCAGGCUUCUUUAUACUCCUAGUGCUGAUCAUGGGGGAAGAUGAGGAUAUGCAAAGGCCUGGAUCAUGCUCACAGUGGGGUUUACAGCUGGAGCUUGAUGUCAAGGUGGAGCAGUGUCUGAGUAUUCUGGCAGUGGUCCUGCAAGUGGCACUGAGUAGCAUCUGGAAAUGCAUCACAGGGAGAGUGACUAUGAGUAGAGAACAGUCUGGAAUGACUGGAAUGGAGAUUCUAGGUAGAAUAUGGUCUGCAUCAUUGGGGAUAAAGUCGAGAACAUUUCCUUAGAUGUGGAGAUGCCAUUUCCCAUGGCACGAGGUGCAGAUCUACUGUAGAAGAUCUCUGUAAGAGUCCCGCACACAAAGCUGCUUGCCCAGGAUUCUGUCAGGACCUCCAGAAAUUCUGCUUAAUUUAUGGUGCUCUUGUUCUUCAUGGUAUUGCUGUUUGAACAUAUCUGCCAUUCUGCCUUCAAUUAGUUGCUGUUGAUUUGGAGUGUUGUUGCACAAAGAGAAGCUUUUCGAAAUGUGGAUGAUGCUGCUGAAUCACCCCUGAACCUCUCCUUGGUUAUCUCUUCCUUGGGAAUGGGGAAGAUGAAGCAAGAGUGAGAUGUUCAGGGAUUCUUUCUCUCCUUUCUCCAACCGUGCCCAUCCUUGUGUUUUGUUUUAUUUCUCUCACAUGUGCAUGGUGUUGGUAAGAGUGGAUAAGUUGCAGACUGCUGAAUGUUGGCAGCUGUCAUGUGUCAGGUAUUUGGGCCAUUUCCCACCAGUGUGGGGGAUGUCUACUGUGCUCUACUGAGCUAAGUUUCACUUUGAGAGAAUGCCCUUAAAUUUCAAGCGUUCUUGCUUGCUUCUUCUGUGAUAGAAAUGCAUAAGUCACACUGUGCACUGUCCAGUUCCUGCGGGAAAUGUCAGAAAUUUUAGUUUCUGUUCAGUUUGUUCAGAAAAAUGGAUCGUGUUGACUGAAAAUAUUAUUUAAAAUCAAUACUCAUGUUCUUAAAUUAUUGCAUUUUUUUUGAAGAGCAAAUCAAUGAUGCUACAGGUCAGUCACUCUCUCAUAAAGUUGAUGAAUCCUGAGGAUAGAUGUACUUUUACUCCUUUUCAAUUUGUAUUGACCAAAUAAUUGACUCUCUUGGAUGAGCGCAGCACCACCGUCUGCACUUGUUCUUUUGCUGCUGAUUCCAGGCACACCCUGAGUGUGUGACAGCCAGCAGGGAUGGAGGAAGGAGCACAGUCCAUUUCGUGGAGUUGCUGUGUUUGGAGUCAAGGGGAUGUUCUCAGUGAAAAUGUUGUGAUGUUACCUUCAUGGCUUCAGUCCAGCUGUGUGUCAGGCUGUUCGUGCUGAUGGAACCGAGGCGUUUGCUGGGAACACCUGCCCAUGGAUACCGAGGUUCUUGAUGUGUUGUUGUGAGAGUGCAUGCCUGCCUGAAAGGGGAAGCAAGAGCUUGACAUUCAUUGUACAAGUGGAAGAUGAGGCAGAGGAAUAGCUCUUCACUGAGAUAUAGGAAGAGGAUUUGGAAGCUGUGAUUGCUUUUUUAGUAUUCUGGGAAGAUAUUUUGUAUUAGCCAUGUAGGCACAACUCUCUGUGGGCUCGAUAGUAUCGACCUCUGUUGUUAUGUAGGAGAGCUCUUCUCAGCCAUAUGAUGCUAUGUGCACAGAGAGGAGGAAAAGGAGAAGAGGAAAGAGAAAUGAUAGGGAAGGACGGAAGGACGGUUGAGUUUACUGCCAUGACUUAGUUGGUACGUCUCUACCCAGAAAAAGAGAAGGUAAGAACGGGGAACAUAAAAGGAAUGAGAUAAGAGAAAAAAAAGCAAGGAGGAAUUGCUAUAAAGGAAUUACACAAGGAGGUAAGUAAAGAUGAAAAAUGGCAACGAGAACGAAGAAAACAACAGCAAAGGAGAUGAAAAGUACUCACUGACCUUAACUCUAAUGGCUGGGCGGAGCUGAUUCCCAACAACCUCCGUCUCGAUUACAAUACUCCGCAGAGUGCCCCUGAUGCUAUGGAAGAGGGGUUGGAGGAUGCGACUGCAUUGCUGUGCAAUUGGGUGCCGGAAGAGACUUGCGAGUUACCAGGAGGACGAAGGAGGAGAAAAAGGAAAAAAAACAAUAAUAAAAUGAAAGACAUUCAGGGUCGGAAGACACGCCUGGAAGAGAUGCUCAUCUCGGAUCUGAUGCGCGGCCGGUAUUGCGAGCAGUGUAGGGCGGCGGAGCAGCGCACGGUGUCGCUGCAGGCUCAGGAACGGCGUGUGGGCGGCUCCGCCCCGGUGCGGCGGAGAGCCCGGCUGUGAGCGCGGGGGGGCGGCGCGGGCCGGGCAGCAGAGCCGCUGCUGAGCUCCGGGCGGCGGCGGGGAGCCGUGCGGGGCCCGGGCCGGGGCCGGCAGGCACAGGCAGAGCGGCAGAGGCGAGAGCGGCGGCGGCAGGGAUGGAGGAGCGCUGCUGUGCCGCGCUGCUGCGGCUGCUGGUGCUGCAGGCGGCCUGGGCGCUGGCGGGCGGGCAGGUGCGCUACUCGGUGCCGGAGGAAGCCAAGGCCGGCACGGUGGUGGGCCGUCUGGCGCAGGACCUGGGCCUGGAGGCGGGCGAGGCGGAGGCGCGGCGGCUGCGGCUGGUGGCGCAGGGCCGGCGGGCGAGCGUGGAGGUGAGCGGGGCGAGCGGCGCGCUGCUGGUGAGCUCGCGGCUCGACCGCGAGGAGCUGUGCGGCAAGAGCGCGCCGUGCGCGCUGCGCCUGGAGGUGCUGCUGGAGCGGCCGCUGCGCGUCUUCCAUGUGCAGCUCGAGGUCACCGACAUCAACGACAAUGCCCCCGUCUUCCCCGCCGCCCGAAAAAACCUCAGCAUCGCGGAAUCAUCUGUGCCGGGGUCUCGUUUCCCGCUGGAGGGCGCGUCGGAUGCGGAUAUCGGAGCGAACGCGCAGCUCUCCUACACACUCAGCCCCAAUGAUCAUUUUUCUCUGGAUUUACAUCGGAGUGAGGAAUACCGAGAAUCUCUGUUUCUUGUACUCACGAAAUCUCUGGACCGCGAGACGAUUCCCGUGCAUCGGUUGGUGCUGUCGGCGACUGACGGGGGUCGGCCGCCUCUGACAGGCACGAUGGAGCUGGUGAUCUCGGUGCUGGAUGCGAACGACAACGCGCCCCAGUUCAACCAGUCGGUGUAUAAAGUACAGCUGCCCGAGAGUGCUGAGGUAGGGACGCUUGUGGCGCGGGUGAACGCAACGGAUCCGGAUUUGGGAAGUAACGGUGAAUUGGCAUUUAGUGUGAGCAAUACUUUUCCGGAAAAAGGAGUAAACAUUUUCCUUUUAAAUGCGAGGACGGGUGAAAUUCAUCUGGCGGGUAUGGUGGACUAUGAAGAUACUCCUUCAUAUGAGAUACAAAUCGAAGCGACGGAUAAGGGUACACCUCCGCUGUCGGGUCACUGCAAGGUGGUGCUGGAGGUGCUGGACGUGAACGACAACGCGCCGGAGGUGUGGGUGACGUCGCUGUCGGUGCCGGUGUCGGAGGACGCGUCGGUGGGGACGGUGGUGGCCCUGCUGAGCGUGUCGGACCGAGACUCGGGGGCGAACGGGCGCGUGCGCUGCUGGGUGUGGCCGGCGCUGCCGUUCGGGCUGGAGGCGACGUUCGCGGGCUCGUACUCGCUGGUGCUGCGCGAGGCGCUGGACCGGGAGCGGGUGUCGGAGUACGAGGUGGAGGUGCGUGCGGAGGACGGCGGGGCGCCGGCGCUGCGCGCCAGCCGCGGGCUGCGGCUGCCGGUGUCGGACGUGAACGACAACGCGCCCGCGUUCGCGCAGGCCGUGUACACGGUGCUGGCGCGGGAGAACAACGCGGCGGGCGCGGAGCUGGCGCGGCUGUGGGCGCGGGACCCGGACGAGGCGGGCAACGGGCGCGUCAGCUACUCGCUGUGGGAGGGCGGCGCGGGCGGCGGCGGGGCCGCGCCUUGGAGCGGCUGGCGGGCGGCGUCGAGCUACGUGGCGCUGGACGCGGAGAGCGGGCGCCUGUGGGCGCUGCAGCCCUUGGACUACGAGCAGCUGCAGGUGCUGCAGUUCGAGGUGCGCGCGGUGGACGCGGGGGAGCCGCCGCUCUGCGGCAACGCCACGGUGCAGCUCUUCGUGCUGGACGAGAACGACAACGCGCCGGCGCUGCUGCCGCCCGCGGGCUCGGCGGCGGAGGCGGGCGCCGUGGCGGCCGAGACAGCGGCGGCGGCGGCGGAGGCGGGGGCGUUGUCGGGGCCGGGCUCGGGCUCGGGCACGCUGUGGGCGUGGGCGGCGUGGGGGGCGCCGGCGGGCCAGGUGCUGGCCAAGAUCCGCGCCGUGGACGCCGACUCGGGCUACAACGCGUGGCUGCGCUACGAGCUGUGGGAGCCGCGCGGCAAGGGCCCGUUCCGCGUGGGGCUCUACAGCGGCGAGGUGAGCACGGCGCGCCCGCUCGACGAGGCGGACGGCCCUCGCCACAGGCUGCUCAUCGUCGUGCGCGACCACGGCGAGCCGGCGCGCUCGGCCACGGCCACGCUCAGCGUCUCGCUGCUCGAGCCCGCCGAGGCGGCGCUGGCCGCGGCCGCGGGAUCCUCGGCGGCGGCGGCGGCGGCGGCGGCGUCAGGCUCGCGGUCGGCGGCGGCCGUGGAGCUCAGCGCCGCUGCGGCCAGCGCGGCCACCAACGUGUGGCUGGUGGUGGCCAUCUGCGCCGUGUCCAGCCUCUUCCUGCUGGCGCUGGUGCUCUACGGGGCGUCGCGCUGGGCGCCGCGGGCGGCCGUGCUCUCGGCGCCCGGGCCCACGACGCUCGUGUGCGCCAGCGAAGUGGGCAGCUGGUCCUACUCGCAGCGCCACAGCCGCAGCCUGUGCGUGGCGGACGGCGCGCCCAAGAGCGACCUCAUGGUUUUCAGCCCCAACUUCCCUCCGCCGCCGCCCGGCCCCGCGCCCAAGGACACGCAGCCGGAGCCCUCCGCUCUCCUCGACACGGUCAGUGCCACUGCCUUGCUCAUUCUCUUCCCCUCUCCUCCUCUGCCUCUCUUCUCCUCUACUCGUUCUCUCCCGCCCCCUGGGUAGUUCCUUCUUGUAGCGAGGCUCCGCCCUCGCAGUCUAAGGGCAGUGGGUGUUUAAGGGUGUUA